AUGAGAAAAACAGGGAAACCAUUCUCUCCAAUGAUAUUUCGAUUGGUCGGCUUGUUUGCGCUAGUGGCUAUGAUCCUGAGUAUUGUCGGUUCCACUGAGAAUGCCAAUUUCACUAGUGGUCUUGUCAACACCAAGACACAAGUCGGCCUAGUUCUGUAUCUCGUCGCCUGGAUUGGUGUAUGUGGCUUGUUCAUCCUCGUUGCCAGCAGGUCUCAGAGCAUCGAAGACGGAGAGCACCGCUUACUGCUGGCGGUGGGAAUCUCUCUUCCAUUGAUCCUUGUCCGAUUGAUCUACUCCUUCAUAUAUAGCUUUGGCCACAAAGCACAGUUCAACAUGUUGACUGGAAAUGUCACGAUCCAGCUUGUGAUGUCUGUUUUGGAGGAAAUCGUCAUCGUGUUGGUUUGUCUGGGCAUUGGUCUUACACUGCAAGUCCGACCCAGUGCAGAGUACACCCAUCAAUCCAGCGUAUCCAGCCGUGGACAGGAUUCAGUUGAGCUGGAGAGUGCAACCCUCCAAGGACAAACACCCAAACCGCGACAGUACCAAAGGCCAAAGCGACGCGGAGGCCCCAUCUCAAGACUUGUCAUGUUUGCUGUGGAUGAGAUCAAUGAAAGGAGACGAUAA